AUGGACACAAUACUCAAUCCAGAUCCAGGAGAAUACCCUGGCAAAAGUGAUAUGAACUACGAUUCUCAAUCGAACAGAAGACCACGAGAGAAUAGCGACAGCGAGGAAGACCCGCACCCCAAACACCCCCAGAAAAACGAAACCGGCAGAAACUCCACGGAUCACAACGCGAGCACAACUGAUAACACACCAAUGCACAGGCAAGAAAAUCAAAAUGUAGUUCUUAUUAAUUUAAGUGAUCAAUCUGAAGCCUCGAAUUUCAACAAUCCCAUAAAACUGACAAAUGCACUAAACAAAUCAGAUUUCCAAAAAUAUAUAAUUGAAGAUUCCCUCAGAGUCUUAGGAACAGGGAAGGCCAUAAGGUUUGAGGUACAUAUUUCAAAAUUAAAACCUUUAAAUCAAAUAAAAAAACUGGGAGACUGGGAAAUUAAAUGCAAACAGCCGGUAUCAAGCAGAAACAUAGGAUGCUCAUAUGGCACAAUCUUCCCAGUGGAAAUAGAUCUAACCCCAGAUGAAAUAGCAGAGAAAAUAAGAAUAAUAGGUGGAAAUAACAUUGAAAUAGUAGAAGUCACAAGAAUCAAAAAGAGUAACAGAGACAAAGAAAAUGAAAAUAAGUGGAUUCCAACCAAGUCCCUAAGAUUGACUUUUAAAGGCAGACUACCAGAGAAGGUAGCAAUAGGCCAUACAUCUUACUCAGUUCAUCAUAACUUUCCCCAUACCAAAAUGUUUCAAGUGUCUGAUGUAUGGACAUGGGAUCAUGACGUGUAA